AUGCGUCACCUUCCCUCACCCACACGUCAGCCCCAGGAGAUGGUUCUGCUGUGUCCCCACUUCAUGGGCACACGAGGCACAGAGAGGUGGGGAUGGCCACAGGUGCUUGAGGAAAUGGCAGAGCCCACACACACCACCACUGUUCCAGCCCACACAAGAGGGCGGGUUCUCACCUGUGAGGAGCCUGUGGUCUGGCAGACUCCUGGUCAGGCCCGUGUGGCCACGCGGUGGUCUGCCGCAGCUACUCAGCUCUCCCACAAGGACCUGGGCAGCCGCAGCACGUGCUCCUGCGAUGGGCUGUGUCCCCCAGAGCUCUGUUCAUAUGCCACGGCAGCUGCUGGGUUUAGCCCGGGAGUAGGCUGCGGACCCCAUCCUAGUGAGUCAGAGCAGUGCUUGCUGAAGUCAAGUGUGUGCCAGAGUUACCUGGAGCCGGGGUAG